GUACAAAAUUCUGAAAAUUCUGAUUCUGAAGACACUAUCGAAACUUUUAGUGAUAAAACAUUAAGUGAAGAUGAUAGUAAUGUAGAAUCUAUUUAUACAAAUUCUAUUCAAAAGAUACGAAAAAAUUCUAGUUGGGUUUGGCAAUAUUUUCGUAAAAGACUACCAUCACAAAAAUGGAAAAAAUGUGCUGUACUUAUUAAAAAUAAAAAAUUAUCAAAUGGACAACAAGAAUGUGGACAGCUAAUUCAAACUCAAGGUUCAACUGGCAAUUUUCAAGCACAUUUAAAUACUCAUGGAAUUACCAAACCGAUUCAAGUUAAUGAUACAAGUAUGCAAUUAUCAACUAGUCAAAGUCUUUAA